AAGUGGAUGCUCAUGGUACCUGAAUUUCUUGUACUAAUCUUCUUAAGACAGAGGGACAGUUGGUUUUGUAAAAGACCGUACUUAAAGAUUACGUUGAUCUUGUUUCGUACGACAAAGCCCUGAGCUGUCUGCUUCUCUAGACGUGUAAUUGGUCAUCUACAAAGAUAAAAAUGGAAGCUAAAUCUUGGUGAAUGAGUGUGUAGAUAGUCCUGCUUUCCCAUUCAUUAAUCAGUGAGACAGUGUAUGGGCAGAUUACGCUGACGUUACAUACAGGCACCGCACAGUAUUGCCACUCAAAAUGAGGAUGAUCACCUUCUUCCUGGUUGGACUGACGGUCCAUGUAGUCUUCUUCUUCUCUAUCUUUGACAUCUACUUCACCUCUCCCCUGGUCCACGGCAUGACACCUCAGAACACACCGCUGACACCUCCUGCCUCCAGACUGGUGUUAUUCGUGGGCGAUGGUCUCAGGGCGGACAGUCUCUUCACACUCCUGCAAAACGGCUCAUCCAGGGCCCCGUAUUUGAGGAGUGUGAUAGAGGAGAAAGGUACUUGGGGUGUGUCACACACACAUGUGCCCACCGAGUCUCGUCCCGGUCAUGUUGCUCUCAUUGCUGGCUUCUAUGAGGAUGUCAGUGCUGUUGCUAAAGGGUGGAAAGAGAAUCCUGUUGAAUUUGACUCUGUGUUUAAUGAGAGCAGACACACCUGGUGCUGGGGCAGUCCUGAUAUUCUGCCCAUGUUUGCCAAAGGUGCCAGUGGAGACCAUGUGUAUACCCACACAUAUCCGGCAGAGGAGGAGGACUUUGCCUCUACAGAUGCCUCCAGGCUGGACAGCUGGGUGUUCACUCAAGUCAAAUCAUUCUUUCAGUCAGCCAAGUCUAACUCCAGUUUGAGGGCCAGUCUGCUCGAAGAUAAGAAUGUCCUCUUCCUGCAUUUGCUGGGCAUCGACACAAAUGGACAUGCUCACAGACCAAUGUCGCAGGAAUACCUGGACAAUAUUGCUCUUGUAGAUACUGGUGUAGCCGAGCUGGUGUCUAUAGUAGAGGACUUCUUUGGUCAUGAUGGCAGAACAGCCUAUGUCUUCACUUCUGAUCAUGGCAUGACAAACUGGGGUUCACACGGUGCAGGCCAUCCCUCUGAGACACUCACUCCUUUAGUGGCGUGGGGAGCUGGAGUUCAGAAAGCCCACAGAGUGACUGAACCCCAACCAUAUGAUGAUGGGUACCUACAAGAUUGGAAACUUGAGCACCUUCGUAGGGUUGAUGUCAAUCAGGCAGACAUUGCGACCCUCAUGGCUUCUCUCAUUGGUGUGCCCAUUCCUGUUAACUCUGUUGGUGUGUUACCUCUUCUCUACCUUAACAACACUGACCAGUUCAAGGCAGAGAGCCUUUACGCUAAUGCUAUUCAAAUACUAGAGCAGUUCAAGAUGAAAAUGAUCCAGAAAAAGGAGACAACCCUGUCUUUUCUCUUCACCCCAUAUCAACUAUUGACUGAGUCAAAACAAGCAGAAUUCACCCACAAGGCCAGAAUACUGAUUCAGCUGGAGAAGUAUGAGGAUGCUAUCUCUCUGUGCCAGUCUCUGAUAUCCCAUGCUCUGGAGGGCCUGGUCUACUACCAUACCUAUGACAGGUUCUUCCUGGGUUGCAGUGUGGUGCUAGGAUUUGUGGGCUGGACCUCAUAUGUUAUCCUAAUAAUACUGAAGACUCAUGCCAGCCUCAAUAGGCAUCCUGGUCUCCUCAAACAGAUUCCUAGCCAUACCCUGGAAAGGCUUUGUGUAUGUGCGGCAGUGGUGAUCACUGUGUUCCUGCUUAUCCAAAGGAGCCCUGUUACCUACUAUAUUUACUGCCUUCUGCCUGUCCCUGUAUGGUACUCUGUCCUCAAAGAGUUUGGAACUCUAACAGAUUUGAUUCACUCAGCUCCCUCUUUGCCACUCUGGAAAUGUUUUGGCUAUUUUAUUCUGGUGGCGUUUGGAGUCGAGCUACUGGUGGUGAGUUUCUUCCAUCGCGCCAUGCUGACUGUGGGCCUGGCUGUCCUUUCUUUCUGGCCGUUCUUGUCAGGAAUUUUUGGCAAGGCCAAGUUCCGUUCAGUGAGCUGGUUUUUGGGCUGUCUGUGUUUGGCUACUUUUCCCCUGAUGCCUGUUGUGGGUAGAGAGCCUAACAUACAUCUGGUUACCUGUGCCGGUCUACUCACGCUCUUCACUUCAGCCUGUUACUUGUGGUCAUCACGACAGAGAGCACCACUUCACCUCAGUGACAGGCAGCAGUUUGUCAUGCAGAUGCUCCACGUGACAGUGUGUGCCUACGUGCCAUAUCUCACACACUCCAGCCUGCAGCAGAAACAGGGCCUGCCACUUCUUAAUCAGAUCAUCAGCUGGACCACAUUAGCAUCUUCUAUGGUGGUUCCAUUGCUUAGCUCCACACGAAUUUUCCACCGACUUCUCAGCAUAUUCCUCUCUCUCACUGCCACGUACCUACUGCUCAGCACCGGGUCAGAGGCCUUGUUUCCGCCAGUGUUAUCUUGGUUGAUGUUUGUGUGGAUCAACAUUGAACAGGAAGCUAUGCUCGCUCAGGGUGUCUCUGGCAGACAAGAGCUCUCCACUAUCGAUUUCUCUGCAAACAUCGACAUCACCAAGAUCCGACAGCUCAAGUUGGAUGACAUCAGAAGAUCUUAUUUUUUCGUAUUUUUUAUAAUAACAGCUUUCUUCGGAACAGGGAACAUAGCUUCCAUUAACAGUUUUGACCCAGCUUCUGUUUAUUGUUUCCUCACUGUCUUCAACCCCUUCAUCAUGGGAGGCCUGAUGAUGUGGAAGGUUAUCAUUCCAUUCAUAAUAGUAAUGUGUUCAUUUGAGACCAUCCAAGUUGCAACACAGCUCUCAUCAAGAAGUUUGUUCCUCAUUGUCCUAGUCAUCUCAGACCUGAUGGCUCUGCACUUUUUCUUCCUGGUGCAGGACUACGGCAGCUGGUUGGACAUUGGCACAAGCAUUAGUCAUUACGUGAUAGUAAUGUCAAUGACCAUCUUCCUGAUGCUGCUCAGUGUGGUUACACACAUCUUCACCUCAAAAAGACUCCUCCUGUGGAGGAAACCCAAGAUGCACUUCCCCUAGCAAAACAAAAACAUUUGUAUGUGUGCUCAUGCACAAAAUAAAACAAAUAUUUAUUUUACUUUUUUUUUUAAUUGUCAUAUAGCAUUUGCCUUAUCAAAUCAGGGUUUGUUCAUAUAAGAUAUGGGAUAUUCUUUUAGGACUCACUUUACUCUAUAGUAUUGUGCAAAACUGUUCUUAUUAGUCAGCUACUUUAAGGAACUGCUUUAAAAAUGUACCACAUGACUACCUGAAAAUUACAUGACAUUUUACAUGACAUGACACGACAUAACAUAACUGUGUUAAAUUUACAUUCUCAAUACUUAGUUCUUCUUCUCAGUUGUCCUCCUUGUCGUAAGGAUCCUUGCUCUAGGUAGGGUGUUUCCCACCGUAGUUUCCCCCGUCUUCUCAACUUAUAAGAAGACAAGGGACGGCAACUACAAGGGGCGCUAGAUACCACUAAAUCCUGUACGCUUCUCCUUUAUUGCUUGCUUGGUUUUACUUCAGUGUAACAGUGUGAUUUUUAAGUAAUACAUGUUUAUCAAGCUUUUCCUCAGUGAUAAAUACUGUGUAGAUUGGACAUUUUCCAGAGUGGUCCAAGUACUGUUUGCACUGUAUUCUUUGGUACACCGUGUCUCUGUUUGGCAUUGGCAUUGUUUUUGCAUUAAUCAUUGAUGAAUUGACUAAGGCUUCUUGAAUAUUUGAACGUGAGUUAUGCCUUUGCCAAGGGUGCUGAUUUAUGAUCCACCACCCAAAGCAUUGUACUUGAUGACUCUUUACGUAUGUCACACUACUACUUCCUGUAAAGCUGCCUAAAACUUAUCCUUGUUAAGAAGGCAAAGGGAUGUUAUUUUAAUUUAUUGUGAUUUACUGUGACACUGUCCCAAUAAACUGAAGGAGUUGAAUGGAAACAGGGACUUGUGUGUUGUACAACUGCAGCCGUAAACAGAUUUUAACCAGAUGCCAGCGUAGUUGCUGUGCUUCCAUUCGUGCAUCAGGGUAUCUACAGCCAUGGCCUAGGCUUAGAAAAUCUAGAUGGGGAAAAAAUAAAAACGAAAGGACCUUAAACAGCUGCAGUCCAGGUGCACUUGAAAAGUUUCUUUAGCCCCCAAUAGAGCUUGAGUACCCAGCACUAGGAUUCUGAUUGCAUUUGGAAACUCCUUGUUAAAUGUCACUAAGAUGUAUAAUUGUAGCUAAGAAUGUUACAAUGUGCUGCUAUGUAUGGUUUCCUUGGGCAAAGAAAACAAAAUAAAAACAAUAACUUGUUCUAAUGUGUGACAUUGUUU